AUGACGGAAGAGACGCCCUUGCGGCCGGGACCUGCGAUCAUCUCCGGUGAGGUAUACAAGAUUGAUGGCAAGGAGGUGGUGCUCAUGGGCGGGAACUACGUGGUGAAGGCGAAGCCCUACUAUCCACCGCUGGAGAUUGUGCGGAAGGAUGCCAAGCUCAUGGCGGAAGGAGCUCGUACCAUGAGCUACACCCCUCCACCCACGGCGGAUGGUGUGCCACGACCGGUGGUGCCCUGUGUUCGGCUGAGCGCGAUGAUGGAGGCAGCUUUACCAUCCAAAGGAAACAACAUCGAUGCUUCGUUUGCGACCACGCUGGAAGCCGUGGUGAAAGCGUUCAAAGAUGAGGGUGUGUAUGUUUUUCUGGACAUGCAUCAAGAUGCCUUCGGCACAACGAAUGGAGGUGAAGGAUACCCCUACUGGGUCACGGAGGAUUUUCAGCAGAGAGCUGGCUGCUGCUGUGAGCAGUGCUGCUGCUGUUGCUGCUUUGCCAGCAGCUGCUGGUCUUGCUGCCCUGACUCCUGCCGCACGCCCUAUGUGGUCUCGCCAAGCUUUCCGCUUCAGCCCUUCUUUUGCCUGCCAAGCUGCCUUGCCACGCGCUUCAAUCUGGACAUCACCACAUAUCCCGAAGAAGCGGCCGAUCCAUGGAGGCCCUACUCUGCGAUGACGAACACGGGGAACCCUGCCUGGAUGAAUGUGGGCAACGCCAGCAUUCGAACCAACAACUCUGAUGGCCGCUGGAGCGUUUUGGUGACCUCGGCGCAAGUGCAGAAUGCCGCCAAGCGGAUGUAUGCCUCGGCACACAAUUCUGCUGAUCGAGCGAUUUUCUUCGAGCCUUUUGUGGCUGUGACCAAAUACCUGUGUAGCGUCUGGGAGAAGUACGAGAACGUGGUAGCAGUGGAACUCAUCAACGAACCUCUCUUUGCAGGUUUGCCCGAUGUUUGCUAUGCACUCACAGUUUGGAACCAGAUCUUAUCCUUCCAGGCCGACGUUUUAGAGGCCUUAGAUGCUGACCCAUCGGUGCCCAAGUGCCCGAUCGCUGUCGCGAACUUCGGAAGCACUGUGGAAGGCGAAUCCUGCUUCAUUAAGCUCUUGUCUUGUUGGGGACUUCCCUCGAACGUCAAGAAACGCUUCGAUUCCUAUGCGAAGCAGGAGCGCUUGAUCCUGGCCUUCCACUACUAUGUGCCGCCGGCCACCAGCACUUUCGAGGAGGUCAUUCAGCUGGCGAAGAAGAACGCACAACAACUGGGGGGUACCAUCCCGAUCUUCCUGAGCGAGUUUUUCCAGGGCAGUGCUCAAGCGAAGGCUGAUCAGCUGGCGGUGGCAGUGGACCAGGGUGUCAACGCGGUCACCUAUUGGCACUAUGCAGACACCGAAUUCACCGGUCAAGGAGGCUGGUUCAUUUACCCUGAGUCGGUGACAGUACACGGAAUGCUCUUAGAUCCUGGCACAGGAGUCAUCAACACCCCGGCUUGGAACGCCUACGCUCCCACGGUGGCUGAUGGCACCUUCUGGGGGGGCUGCCAUCACUGGUGCGGACAACGCUUCCAUGGACGUCCUGCGGCUGGUUCCCAGCACGAGCAGUACGUUGAAGAUGGAGGAGUGGCCUCCAAAUUGCACGCCCUUGCACAAACACCACCACCACAGGUAAGACCGCCGAACAAAAGACCUCUUGAUGCUCUGAGUCUUCGUUAG